UGCUGUAUGUGUGUUUGUGUUGGAAGCGCGCGCGCCUACUUUCACUUCGAACGCUCGCGCUGAUCACUAUAUAAAGAGUGAGAGAGGCUCUUUCCUCACAGAGAGAGAGAGCGCGCGCGCGAGAGAGAGAGCUGGCAAGCACCAAAGCGGCGGGUGUUUUUCCUUCUUUCCCGAGUGGCGAUCAGCGGCAGCUUCUCUUCUGCAUCAUGGGAAACUUCUUCUUCUCCAUCUUCUCCCGGCUGAUUGAGAAGAGGCCAGUGAGAUUACUGAUGGUUGGUCUGGAUGCAGCUGGAAAGACAACUGUCCUCUACAAACUCAAACUGGGUGAAGUCGUCACGACGAUUCCAACUCUUGGGUUUAACGUUGAAACGGUUGACUACAAGAACAUUUCCUUCACUGUGUGGGACGUCGGCGGUCAGGACGUCAUCAGACGGCUCUGGAGACACUACUAUCAGAACACCAUGGGCCUCAUCUUUGUGGUGGACAGCAGUGAUCGUGAGCGCAUCCAGGAUGCCGCGAUGGAGCUGCAGAACAUGCUUGAAGAUGAUGCGCUGAGGUACGCUGCUGUGUUGGUUCUUGCUAACAAGCAGGAUUUGCCCAAUGCGAUGCCGGUCCAUGAGAUGACUGAGAAGCUCAGACUGCACGCGAUGAAGGAAAGACCUUGGUACGUCCAGUCGACUUGUGCAAUAAUCGGAACCGGUUUAUAUGAAGGACUGGACUGGAUAGCUGAUCAGAUCUCCAAACGAUAAAAUUACACUAUAUCCUUAUGCAGAAGUAUAUACUCUGUACUGUAUAUUUAAAGGGAUUGACUGGAUCAUGAGCACUUUGAAGUUUUGCAAUUUACGAUUUUUGUAAAUAUCACUCAUUCUGUAUUUAAUUCUCUUUUUUGAGCAUUGCAUACUGUGCCUUUUAAAUUGAUAUUAGUUGAAUUAAAUGUCACAUGCCUGUUUAUAAUGCUGUAUUUUGAUGACU